AUGUCUGAUAAAAUUGUAAAUAUUGAAUAUAACCGUGUUACCAAUGUUACAUCUACUGAUUUUCCAGGUUAUGCAGAAAACACUUUUAACCAUGCUUGGGAUGUAGAAAAAUUUAAAGACCAAUUUGAAGUUGAUAUCAGUAAAUUGGAUGAAAGAGAAGCCAAUUUUGAUUUGAUCCACAUUGAUACUUCUAUUGCUAACGCAUUCCGUCGUAUUAUGAUCAGUGAAGUUCCAAGCAUAGCUGCUGAAUAUGUUUAUUUUUUUAACAAUACAUCUGUACUACAAGAUGAAGUCCUAGCACACAGAAUUGGUUUAGUUCCAUUAAAGGUUGAUCCAGAUUUAUUAACAUGGGUUGAUCACACUGUACCAGAAGACGAAAAAUUUAAUGACGAAAAUACAAUAGUUUUAACUUUAAAUGUUCAAUGUACACGUAAUCCAGAUGCACCAAAGGGAUGUACCGAUUCAAAUAUUUUAUAUCGUAACUCCAAUGUCUAUGCAAAAGAUUUAAAAUUUGAACCACAGGGUAAGCAAGUAGAUGUUUUUGCAAACCAGCCAGUUGUUCCUUGUGAUCCAAAUAUUUUAUUGUGCAAGUUAAGGCCCGGUCAGGAAAUUUCUCUAAGAGUUCAUUGUAUUUUGGGUGUUGGGUCUGAUCAUGCAAAGUUUUCACCUGUGGCUACGGCUUCUUAUAGAUUAAUGCCACACAUUAACAUAUUGGAACCUAUAGAGGGAGAGGCUGCUAAAAGGUUUCAAAAAUGUUUUCCAGCAGGCGUUAUUGGAAUCGAUGCAGCUGGCAAAGCUUAUGUAGCUAAUGCUAGAAAGGAUACUGUUUCUAGAGAAGUAUUAAGGCAUGAAGAAUUUAAUAAUAAAGUAAAGUUGGGCAGAGUGAGAGAUCAUUUUAUUUUCAAUGUUGAAACCACAGGUGCCAUGACACCGGAAGAAAUAUUUUUCAAAAGUGUUCGCAUUUUAAAAAACAAAGCACAAUAUUUAAAAAACUGCCCAAUUUCUGAAUAA